GAAACUUUAGGUCUAAAAUAACCAAAUAGACCAAGGGCCAGUGACUUGUAUAACAGCUGUCAUGAGUAUGAAGCUAAAACCAGUAUCAAACCUUCCACUUUUUAAUUUGAACAGAUGUGUCUUGGUCUUUCUUGGUAUGAUACAAUGGUUCCUACAAAAAUUCAGAAUUAUCAAAAGGAAUCUAACUGUUGUAUGAAUCCUUAUCCAAGAAAAAAAAAGGAGUUCAAUGCAUAUAUAAGUCUGAAUCUAUAGUCUGAUUGGAGCAUGCUUUGAACUUUAUGAACAUAUCCACUGGCAUGUUAUCAUGUAUGCUAAUAUGCUAUGUUGGUUCUCUUUGUAACACUAUGUUCAAAUAUAGCAAUCAGGUCUUGCUCAUGGUUUACAAAUUUGAUAAUUUAUCACUCUGGUAUGAGUUGGCACCUUGUAGAUGAAUGUCAACAUCAAUGUCAAUCUGAGGGAGGAAAAAAAAAAAAGAAAAAGAGAACGUGUGAUGUCUAAAGCAUAUGUACUAAUAUAUUAUCUACGGUUUAAUGCAUGAAAAUAUUUUUGGUGUCACCUAUGCUAUGCAUAUGUCUUUGCUUUCAAGAGAGUAAUUUGUUAGCCACUGUAUCAGAAAGUGGGGUAUCCAAUCCUUUUCAACUUAGCAAUCCACAGUAACACCUGCAAGACAAUGCCAUGUGAUCCCUUAUCACUCAUCAAAAAUAAUUUCAGUUGGAAAUUGAUUUGAAGGUUCCCUUAGCAUCUAUAUAUACCAAAUUUCUUGAGGUCUAAAGCAACACAACUCAUUUGCAUCCUCAAGUAUCCUAACUCAAAUACUUAUUUCUCAUACAAGUUCUUUGAAAAAUAUACAAUAUGGGUUUCCGGAUUCCAAGUAUUAGAAGGGCAGCAAAAACAAUUUCCAAGGGACUUGAAGUACCAAAAGGCUACCUUGCAGUCUAUGUUGGAGACAAUAUGAGGCGGUUUGUGAUUCCGAUAUCAUACUUGAACCAACCUUUAUUUCAAGAAUUGUUGAGUCAAGUUGAAGAAGAAUAUGGAUAUGAUCAUCCAAUGGGUGGUCUUACAAUCCCAUGCAGUGAGGAUGAGUUUCUAAACAUCGAUUCUCGCUUGAAUGAGAUGUAGAUCAUGCUAUUCGGGUGUAGAUAGAUUAGUUGAGAGAUAUAUUUGUACAGAAGGCACCUCUUUUUUUUUUCUUCUGGAGAGUUUCCAUUUUGCAUUCAUUCCUAUGGAAUUGUAAAAUGAAUUUUCUGAAUGAGAAAGUAGUUAUGGCAA